UCCCCAACAGAAGAAGACUGACUCUCGACAGUACUCUUUCCACAGCAACAGGAGAGGAUUCGCCUGCGACAAUGUUGUCAACUUCGAGGUUGUUCUCGCCAAUGGUUCCAUUGUCGACGCCAACGCGUACGAGAACUCUGGUCUCUGGAGAGCUCUCAAGGGGGGCUCGGGAAACUUUGGUUUCGUCACACGGAUUGACGUCGAGGUCGUCCGUUCGACCCAGAUAUGGGGCGGGAUCACAACCUACCACCUGAGCAAGACAGACGACGUGAUCGACGCUUACGUGAAUUUCGUCAACACCAUGGACGAAGACCCGGCCAGCCAGGCCAUCGUGACUCUGCUAUAUGGCCAGCAGGGGUUGAGUCUCGUCGCAGUAUUAACAAACAGUGACGCGAAAAGCACCGCGCCCGCUUUCCAAGAAUUUGCCAGCAUUGCCAACGUUUCAAGCACAGCUCGCAUCGGAUCUGUCGCAGAGAUGGUUCCUGAGUUCACCGGACCAACUCCCCUAGGACUCUACGCCAAUUGGAGGACCGGCAUGACCUCACACAGCGCCCUUAUCAUGGACUUUGUCCUUGGUAUCGUGCCUAAAUACACGGAGAGAAUGAAGCUCGCAGCUCCAGCCUCCGACUUCGAGCUUCUCACUCAAUUCCAGCCUGUGACCAAGUCGAUGGUGGCCCAUGGCGACGAACGAGGCGGCAACGUCCUCGGCCUUGGGAGGGUGGUCGCAGACGGCCCGGCUCUCAUGUGGCUCCUAGCACUCACGGUAGAUACCGCAGAGAACCAGGAGUUGAUCUGGCCUCUCUUACUCGAACUUGAGCGUGUUAUCAACGAGUUUGCUGAUGAUGAGAGACUUCAAAAGGACUGGGAGUUCCUAAACUACAGCGGCCUUGAUCAGACGCCAAUUUCGCACUAUGGCGAGGAAACAGUCCACUUCAUGAGGAAUGUUUCGUCGGAAUACGACCCAGGCAGAGUUUUCCAGGACCUUCGGAAGACGGGCUUUCGGAUCCCUGUUUGA